AUGGAACUAGAACUGAUAGAAGACAAACAAGACAUUCUAAAUGGACUGAGCAUUGAUAAUAGCUCGAAAUCAUACGAAGUAAAUUUUAAUUUUAAUUUAAAAACUUCCAGGUUCAAAGAUAAUAUGAAGUUAGAGAAAGUAAACUUUUUAACUCACAACUAUCUAAUAGAAAACUCAAAAGAAAAUUUAAAUAAUCAUUUUCAAUUAAGUAAAUCAAGAAAUAUUUGGAUUGAAGAUGAAAUUGAAGAAUCCCUCAACUUUCUUAAGACUAUACUUGAGUUUAACUCAAGAAGAAAUCCAAAUAUACAAAGUUAUAGCUUAAUUAUGAAAAAGCUUUUAUAUAUUUUGAAUAUAAUACAUCGCAGUUAUUUUUACAGAAAAUUUGACCAAAAUACUUUGUCUUUUUCACCAGAGUACAGUUGCAAAGAUUCACUAAUUGAUUGUAAUAACUUGACUGGUAAAUACAAUAAUCUUGAGAUCUAUCAAAAUCAUGAUUCCCAACAACUGAGUCUGCCCCCUCUUAUUAAAUCAGAAUAUUACUAUAUCAUAAAACUAAUUAAAGAUAUUCUGAAUAGAGAAAUAAUUAAUACUAUUAGGAUUUCAGACACUCUCUACUGGAAUUCAGAAAAUUUAAUAUUUAAGAUAUUUGAUGGAAAUAGUAUAGAUUUUGGAUACGAAACUUCAUUAGAACAAAAAGAUAAUUUGAAUAAGGAUUUAAAGACUCAUAUUGUAUCUAAUGGAAGUACAAGCCAUGCUUUAUAUUCUAAGUAUAAAUAUUCAUAUGAGAAAAGAAGUAAAGAUGCCACAGGUUUAAAUUUAAGCAAAAAUUUUGAUAAUAUACUCUCAAAUACUAAAUUUUAUAGAAAUAAUAUAUAUAUUGAUAUUGGUGCUAGAAAUACUGUUGAACAAGUAAAUAAAUUUUUACUUUGGGAUAUUUCCUUAGCUAUUAGCUCAAAUAGAUAUUCACUUUUAUCUUUUGAGGAUAGUAUUCUAUUCAAGCCAAUUAAAUACUUCAGAAAUGAAAGUUUAUUUGGAGAUUUGAAAAGUAAUAUACAGCCUAUAAUUACUAAAGUAAAUAAGAACAAGAACAAUAUGCAAUUUAUGAAAUUACUUGGAACUUGUGAUAUUAAUGAAAUCCAAAGAGAUAAUGAUGAAUAUAUAAAGUAUCAAAUGACUGAUAAUAAUCAGAAGCUUAUCUUAUCAACCGAAGAUAAAUUGGUGGAAAUGUCUUCAACACAAGAAAUAUUAUCAGAGAAACAUAAAAAAUUUUAUUUAGGUAAUGAAAUUUUAUCUAAAGAAAAAGUGGAAAGAACAGAUAAGUAUUUUAACUAUGAAUAUAAUCUUAUUAUAGACAGAAAUACAAAUUUACCUCUUUUCAGUAUUCAAAUAUUACCACCAAUACAAUUUAGACUAAUCACAUCAACAGAUAGAGCUCCGGAAAGCAAUAAAGAUUUCCUUGCAACUAGUUUGUACCAAAAUAACAGUUUCUUUAUUGUGAAAAGUAAUUUUGACAAAGUUUCAAGUUAUCGACAAGAUGAUAAUUUACUUACAUUUAAAAAAGGCAAGGUAAAAGCUAUUUGUUCAGACAAUUACAAGUUAAAGAGUGAAACAAACUCCCUAAAAAUAAAUUCAGCUAUUACUUGUUUUAAAAAAGUGAAUGGUAAUAUUUCAGAGCUUUCCAAUGAGUCUUCAACAAAAGUAAUUAGAUGUGAUCUAAACAAGCCAGAGACUGAAAAUACUAAUUGCAUAAAUGAUUAUUGUUCUGGCUCUUCUCAACUUCUGAAUGAAUCAGAUAUACAAUCACCCUAUAUAAAACAAACUUUAAUUUACACAAAUACCCUAGCUGAUAUUUGCAAGCAAAGUAUAUUUAUCAAUAACAGGCAGUAUAAGGAAGCUACUACAGCUUCGAAAACUGUGUCCAACUCUACUGAUAAUGAAUAUGGGAUAUCCUUGAACAAUAAAAAAUUCUCUGAAUUAAAAAAAACAGUUAUAGAUGAGAGAACUCAAGAAAUUGAGGGAUUCCUGAACAAGAAGUUUGAAGUUACAAACUUAACACAAAAAACAAAAAAUAUAACUAACUUUGAAGAAGAUUUUGUGAAAAAGAAACGUUCAUUUGGAGUUUUUGAUAAGUUAGUAGCUAUAUCAAAUAAGAAAAGAGCAUUUUCAGAGUUAAGUAGCAAAGAGCUCUCUUGGGAAAGUACCAUAGCUAUAGAUGUCAUUAAAAGUGCGGGACGAAAUAGAAAAAAAAGACUAAUAUAG